AAAUCUACUCGUCGUUUCCUUUUCGUUGACGUUUUCUUUUCUCCACGACCACGAGACCCGAAGUUUCCAGAUAACGCACCGGGCAUGAGCGUCGGGGCGCAUGAGACCCACCUCUCACGUUUCCACGCGCUCUUUGCUCCAACGACGAUCACGGACCCUAAGCACCUUUUUGCUGCUUUUAUUGUUCAUGACAACCACGCGCUCCGCAGUCCCGAAGUGACGAGAAAUAACGGAGUCUAUUUACAGAUCGAACCCUUUCUUCUGAUUUCUGACCUCUACAAAACCCUAACAAAGGAGGAUCCAGUCGUCGCGUGCGGAGGCAUUCCCGAAAUGUACCCUUCGGAUCCCAACUUGUUGUCCGAAUUCGGAUCUCUGCCUCUCCCUCCCCUCGACUCUGACAUCUUUUCCGGGGACCUUGAUCUGCCGGAAAACUUCGUUGCCGAUCUCGGCCUCGACGACGCCGGCGAUUUUGAUUUCGACUUCUCCUUCGACGAUAUAUGCCUACCUUCUGACGCCGAAGACUUCCUUCUCAACCCCGGUUUAAAUGAUAGGGGCUCUGAGGGGCCUGGGGAUUUGAAUUCUGGUUCGCCGGAGUCUGGAAGUUCUAAUCUUGGGCAUGUAUCAUCUCAGGAUUUGGGUGUUCAAGGAUCUGAUGUUGUUAGAGCUUCAGACUCGAAUCAGUUUUCUGGCGAUGAGAGUUGGAACGUUGAUGGGGUAUUGAAUUCUCAGUCGCCAGAGUCCGGUUGCUGCAUUCAGGAGGUUUCAGGGCCUGCGUCAUCUCAAGGUUCCGGCAACUGUAAUUCGCUAUCGUCGGAUUCUCGUAGCUGCGAUCGGGAUGAGUCAGGUUAUGUACCUUCCUCUCCUGAUGUUGUUACCAAAUCAUCCAACCCUAUUGGCAAUCAGAAGGUUAAAGUUGAGGAAAUGGGAAAGAACUGCGUGUCAAAGAGGAAGAAAGUGCCCGAAGAUGGAAUUGUUGGGAGUAGGAGUAGCAAGUUUCGGAGGUCAAUAGCUGAGGAGGAUUCGAAUCCGCCGAAUGGUUUUAGUUCAACGAACGAAGAGGAAGAGAAGAAGAAGGCAAGGUUGAUGAGGAAUCGGGAGAGCGCGCAGCUUUCUCGGCAGAGGAAGAAGCAUUACGUUGAGGAGCUCGAGGAUAGGGUGAGAUCAAUGCAUUCCACAAUUCAAGAUUUGAAUGGUAAGAUAUCUUAUAUUGUGGCUGAAAAUGCGAGUUUAAGGCAUCAAUUGAGUGGUGGUGGUGGUGGUGGUAUGUGUCCACCUCCGCCGCCAGGGAUGUACCCACAUCCUCCGAUGGCGCCCAUGGCUUAUCCAUGGUUACCGUGUGCUCCCUAUGUUGUGAAAUCACAAGGGUCUCAAAUUCCUUUGGUUCCGAUUCCAAGAUUAAAACCCCAACAAGCGGUGUCUGCACCAAAGACGAAGAAGAUAGACAGUAAGAAGAAUGAAGCUAAGACUAAGAAGGUUGCCAGUGUGACUUUUCUGGGCCUGUUGUUUUUUAUUUUGCUUUUUGGAGGAUUGGUUCCUAUGAUUAACGUUAAAUAUGGAGAUGUCCAAGACACGGGUCUUGGUGGUAUAGAUUAUAUUGGCAACAAGUUUUAUGAUUUUCACCAAGGGAAACUUUUGACAGUUAAUAGCCUUGUAAAUGGUUCUGACAAAACUAUUGAUGAAGAAUUGUGCAAUGGGAAAUAUGGUUUUGGUAAUGAUUUUACUAGAAAAGUACAUUGUGAGAGGAGUCAUGUUGGAGACCCUGAGUUGGACGUCAAACAUAAAGAAAGAGCAUCACAACCAAGUUCAGACGGGUUUGAUCAUCGGGACAAUACCAGUGAGCCUCUUGUUGCCUCUUUAUAUGUACCAAGGAAUGAUAAGCUUGUUAAGAUUGAUGGCAAUUUGAUAAUUCACUCUGUAAUGGCUAGUGAGAAAGCCAUGGCAUCUCAUGUAGCUUUUGAAAUGAAGAAUAGGGAGACUGGUUUGGCGAUCCCUCGUAAUUUGUCCCCUGCACUUGCUCUCUCUAAUGGCAGAAGGAAUGAAGGGCGACAACCUCAUGUGUAUAGAAGUAUAUCUGAACAGCAAAAAGCUCUUAUGUCUGGUUUUGCAAAUAAUUUCAAAGACAAUAUGAAGUCAUCCACAGCUGAUGGUAAAAUGCAACAGUGGUUUCGCGAAGGCCUUGCAGGACCAAUGUUGAGUUCUGGCAUGUGCACAGAGGUGUUCCAGUUUGAUGUCUCACCGGCUUCUGGUCCAGGGGCGAUAAUUCCUGCGCCUUCAGUUGCCAACGUUAGCGCAGAACAGAGUCAGAACUACACAAGUGUUGGGAAGGGGAGGAACAGAAGGAUUCUUCAUGGUCUAACUAUUCCCCUCCCUGGGUCAACCCUUAACAUUACUGAAGAGCAUGUGAGAAAGGCAUCCCAGAAAGAGAGCUUCAAAGGUAAUAAAUCUCUUUCUCCUAUGGUUGUUUCCGUGCUGGUUGAUCCCAGGGAAGUGAGUGACAUUGACAGUGAUGAGGUGAUUCGACUGAAGUCCCUUCCCCGGAUCUUUGUUGUUGUGCUAUUAGACAGCGUUAAGUAUGUCACGUACUCGUGUAUGCUUCCCCUAAUGGGAUCUGGUCCUCAUCUGGUCGCUAACUAAAGGGUUGGAAGUGGGUUGUCAAGAGCAAUAGAAGUGCCCCAAUGCUCAUCUGCAGCUCCUGGAUUGUAGAUAUAGUUAGCAGCUGCUGUUGCAUUACUCCUGCCUGUGACAUAAAUUAAAAAAAUUUCCUAAACUUUUGCUUACAAACAAUUGACGUAAAAUUUUGAUUACUGAAUAGAGACUAGUUGCUAUUUAA